AUGAUCACACAUACCUUAAUCAGCAUUAUCCUCCUAGGAUCUGUGACAGUGUUCUGUCAAAAUCCGAAACUCGAUGAACAGCAAACUAAGAAAAUUCGAACAGCUUUUCAGAAUACUCUGCGUCAUAUCAAGCCUCGAACCUCGCCAGACGCGCAGACCGAGGCUGCCAGAGCCGUCGCCCGGCGGCUAUUAGGCGAUGAACGAUCCCAAUUUUUCAUAUUGAGCGUGAACCCCGAUCUGGGCCCUGUUGGGAAAGACACUUUCUCGAUCGAGAAAAAUGAGAAGGGGCAAAUUGAGAUCGUCGGCACUUCCGGCGUGGCUGCGACUUGGGGUUUGCAUUACUACUUGAAAACCUUCUGCAACGCUCACAUCUCAUGGGAGGGGAAUCAAAUAGAUCUUCCUCGCGUUUUGCCAGAAGUUAAAGUAAAAGUAACGUCGAACGACAGGUUCAGGUAUUACAUGAACGUGUGUACUAUGGGGUACACCUUCGCCUGGUGGCAAUGGGAUCACUGGGAAAAGCACAUCGACUGGAUGGCCCUUAAUGGAAUCAAUUUGGCGCUAGCUUUUAACGGACAAGAGGCUAUCUGGCAGAGAGUGUACCUACAAUUGAAUUUCACUUUAGACGAGAUUAAUGAGCACUUCGGCGGGCCUGCGUUUUUGCCUUGGUCGAGAAUGGGGAAUAUGCGAGGAUUCGGUGGUCCCUUGACCGACAAUUGGCAUGAAAAAUCUGUCGAACUUCAACACCAAAUACUUGACCGGAUGAGAGAAUUAGGAAUGAUUCCCGUUUUACCUGCGUUCGCUGGUCACGUGCCCAGAGCGUUCCCGAGAUUAUUCCCACAGGCGAACGUGACCAAAGUCGGCGUUUGGAAUAACUUCUCUGAAAAAUAUUGCUGUCCCUAUCUUUUGGACCCUACUGAUCCAGUGUUCCAAAAAAUUGGAGAACAGUUCCUGGAGACGUACAUAGAGGAGUUUGGCACCGAUCAUAUUUACAAUUGCGACACUUUUAACGAGAAUGAACCUCAUACGAGUGAAUUGAAGUUCCUGAAAAACGUAGGACGCUCGAUUUUCGAGGCCAUGAACCGCGUCGACCCACAGGCCAUAUGGUUGAUGCAAGGAUGGUUGUUCUUCCAUGAUGAAGUUUUCUGGACCCAGCCAAGGGUCCAGUCGUUCCUCACCUCAGUCCCACUGGGGAGAAUGAUAGUGCUAGACCUUCAGUCUGAACAAUUCCCGCAGUACAACAAAUUUAAUUCAUACUACGGUCAACCGUUUAUAUGGUGCAUGCUGCAGAACUUCGGUGGCACGCUUGGAAUGUUCGGUUCCGCUCAAAUUAUUAAUCGCCAAGUUUUCGCGGCAAGAAACAUGAAGAACAGCACGAUGGUGGGUACUGGUCUGACUCCAGAGGGGAUAAAUCAGAAUUACGUCGUCUUCGAGCUGAUGAACGAGAUGGCUUACCGGAAGGAGCCCGUCGACUUGAACAAAUGGUUCGAGAACUACGCUCAGAGGAGGUACGGCGCUUGGAACGAGUACGCGGUAGCGACGUGGAAAAAUUUGGCCAGGACUGUGUACGGAUUCACAGGUAGCCAAAAAAUUCGAGGGAAAUACGUGGUCAGCAGUCGCCCUACUUUGAAUCAUUCGACAUGGGUUUGGUACGACCGCGACAUGUUCUACAAGGCUUGGUACGUAUUCCUGCAAGCAAGACACGGACGACAGAACAGUACUUUGUACAGGCACGACGUCGUAGACAUGACUAGGCAAGCUGUUCAACUCAAGAUAGACGAAUUGUACAUCGAUCUAAUUAAAUCGGUUGAUAAGGAGAACGCUACUUCGGUCACUGACGUCGCAGUAAAAAUAUUAAACCUGCUCGAGUCCUUGGAUAAACUUCUGGCGUCCAAUAAGGAUUUCCUUUUGGGAAGCUGGCUGGCGAUGGCCAAGGAUCUCGCGACGAACGAGGCGGAACGGAAACUUUAUGAGUAUAACGCGAGGAAUCAAAUCACGUUGUGGGGACCGCGGGGGGAAAUACGGGAUUAUGCGAAUAAGCAGUGGGCAGGAAUCGUUGCUGAUUAUUUUCUGCCCAGAUGGGGAAUCUUUUUAUCCCAGAUCACCGACGCUGUGAAUAAGGGAACGAGAGUGAACAUGACCAGGAUCAACGAGCUGAUGUUCGCGAGCGAGCAGCAGUUCACGAUGGACACAAAAAUUUAUCCUACGCAGGAAACAGGAGAUUCUAUAGAAAUAGCGGUGGAGAUUCUAUCUCGGUGGUACGAACCCUCGUCGACUUUGAUCGAUACCAUGAAAACUCUGGCUAAAGGAGUCAAGGGAAGAAUAUGACUGUUCAAAUAUUUGACAAGGAAUAAUUAAUAAAUCACAGGAACUGUAUUUAUUUUCUAAGUGGGAUUGAAAAAUGGAUGAUCAUUUAAUAACGCGAUCAGUCAUGAUCGACGGUACGGGAAUGAAGCACGGAAACUCUGUAAAGAUCGUUAUUAUUGAUAAAAGGACAUUCUACAACAA